AUGUUAGAGACCUUCACGUCCCCAUUUGCACUCAACCCAACCACUCUCAACUCCGUCCCACAGCUGCUGAAGCAGCAGCUCGCGUUUGGCACAGUGUACGAGUGCCCGCCUCUGCUCGCAUCAGCGUCCAUGUCAGCAUCCACGUCACAGCACGGUGGGCUCGACAUGGUGCGAGCAGCCAGCAUUGCCAGUGGGGCCCCUUGUACUGCUAAUGCUGCUGCUGCUGGUGGCACAUUCAGUGCAGCAGGGGGGUUUGACUCAGCAGGCAUGCGCAGGAGUGGGAGCUUCAAUGCAUGCCAGUCAUCGUCUUCUGCUCUCCUCACGCGCAGCCUCUCGAGCAACACGGCGGAGCACAGGGCACGGCAGGCCAGCAGCGGCAUGCUGGCAGCGGCAGCUGCAGUUAGUGGUGGUGGUGGCAGGAGUGAGAUCCUGAAUGGAGCUGCAGGCCUGGCUGCCGUGCAUGAGGGCCCUGAAUGA